UACAAGCAAAGCCCUUGAACUGUGGGUAACAGUUCAUCGGGAUAAGUCACAGAAGAUGAGAGUGAGGAGAUAUUUUGGAGAAAAGUGAUAUAAUCCAAUUCAGCAACCAUCACGAAGAAUUUUAGGCUCAAAAUAUUAAUAAGAAAAUUUGGUGGUUGGCAAAUUGGAUUCCCAAACUUCUUACCCAUUCCAAGGUGUAUUCCCUUUUUUCUUUGACUCUCUACUUCGCUUUCUCUUCUCACAUCAAGACACCCAGCGGUUUUACCAACCCAAACCAGUGAGAAAAUUGGAUUCAAAGUUCAGUUCGGGGAAACCACUAUUAAAUGAACUGCACAAUGAAUCCCCAUCAGAGUCACCUCUGCUUUCAGCUUACGUCGCCUUAGUUCUUUGCUCGGAGUCGGAAUAUUAAUUAAGUUGUAAAAGUUCAAAAAAUGCCUCUUUCUUUUCCUUUUAACCUUUAAUACGUGACAAUUUUUUAUUGGGGCAGUGCAGAGGUGACGUGAUACACCUGGAGCACUGAAGAUUUUCUCCAAACAAUGUAUCCCAUUAAACAAUCAUUAGUAAACUGUCGGCUUGAAAACUUGUCCUUAAUAUAGCUUAAGCUAAAAAUGCUCUUUCUAUACUUAUAGUUGCAAUAUGUAGAAUUACAACUAGCUUCAGAAACAAAUAAACUGGCAUAUAUGAUUGAUGCACUUUUGUCUACCCGAAAUAAUUCAUCAAUUUUUUUCAAUCCAUCAAAUCUCUCAUCAACCAUAAGUCCGUAACAUAAUCAUAAUACCCAACAAAUUGUUGUCGAACAAUACUGUCAAGAAUGGAAUCAAUAAAAUAAUUAUCUUUUGUCAAUUAAUGAACACGUAAUGAGUUAUAGUGUAGUGUCAAAAAUAUCCUUAUGGUAUUUGUAAGUGUUGAGUUUGAUUUUCAGUUAAGCAUAUAUGGGAGUAUUAUUCCUCCCCAAAGUUUACCCAUGUAUUAUGAUAACGACUAACUACUCCGGCUCAGCCUAUGUCUCUCUCUAAGGUCAUCAGCCAUUAGGGGUGACAUUUUGGUUAUUUCGGUUAUAACCGAUAACCGAUUGACCGGUUAUCGGUUAACCGAAAGAACCACUUCCCCUACCGAAAACCGCCCGAAAAUGGCUUCGGUUUCUUGGUUAUCUCGAUUAUCGGUUAACUGAUCCACUUUUAAGACCAAAAACCAUUUCUUCUACCCUCCGAUAACCGACCAAAGUUCGGUUACUUCGGUUACCGGUUAGUGGAUAACCAACCGGUUAUCGAUUUAACCAGUCGAUUAACCGGUAACCGGUAACCGAACUGCCACCCCUAUAAGCCAUCUAUCUUCUUCUUUUCUAGUUCUUCCUAAACUCUUCCCAAAUCCUUAUUCUAAUUUCCAAUCAUUUGGCAUUCUACCUAAAUCACUAAUUCCCACAACCAGAUCGGUAAAGCCCUGGAAAAUGGAUUUCUAUCAUUUGGUAUUAGAGUCUGAUUGUGAAUAUGAGUUCGUCACAACUCUCACCCCGGUGACUGGAACGACUUCUAUCAUGAAAUCGAUGUCUUCUUUGCCAAACAAGAGGCAAACCACGAGCAAUUACAAGCAAGAUUUUAGGCUAUCUUGGAUAACUUGAAAGUGAACGCAACUCAUCCUAAGGAAAACCUCGCAAGAUUCUUGGCCAAGAUGAGAUGCAAGUGUCGAUCCUCCAAUCACGCUGCUACUGUCCCGGGAAAUAUGUGAAUCCUGCCGCUGCCAUCCCAAGCAUCAUCACUAUCAUCGAGCAGGUGCCCAUCACUGGCAAGGCUCUCUCCACCUCGACUAAGAUGACAGUUCCAUCACCACCGACCAUCGUCAUUAUUCCAACGACACCCACAAUUAUCGCAUUUGGAGAGGUUGCCCCUGAACCAAUCUUGCCAAUAAUAGUAGUCAUCCUCCACGAGGAAUGUGGUGUUCCAUGACUCUCCAUCUAAGGGAUUGCUCUCACUCUGACCCAGUCCCAUUAAACCCUCCAAUCGAUAGCUGGAAGUUUCGGAAGAAGGAUCAGGGUACAUACUAAGGCUUUGAAGAAGGAGGUUUGAAACUGCUUCAUGAGGAAUCGGCCAGAGACGAGAAGAUUACUCGUUUCUCUAAUGCACUCUCAUAAGUCGGGACGAAAAUCUGGAUAAUUUGAAGCCUCGAGGCAAUGUUGGCUAAUGACUCGAUAUUUACACAUGUUUUUGUCCGUCAUUCUUAUACUGCUUGAGGCUCGUAUCUCAAGUUUUAAGCCGAUUUUACGCUAGGUUGUUCUUGUUUAUGACAUUUCAGGUCUUAAUGCGUGAAUAAAGGUUUGAACACGAGUUUGGAGUCGAUUGGGAGAAAUCGGGACGAGCGAAGGGAGAUUAGACAACUUGCACGCCAUGACGGGAAAGCGCAUGGCCGUGCAUGGUGGCCUUUGUGGCCGUGCAGGAUUUACAGAGAAGCUGCACGGCCUGACCCAUUUUUUCGCAAGGCCAUGCGAUAUGAAUUGGUGGUCGUGAUGAUUUCUGCGAGAGGAUUGCACGGGAAGGCUCUCGCAUUGCACGGUCCGUGCAAUAAUCGUGCACCCCCCCCCCCUCCCCUGGUGGAAUUAAAUGAACGACGCAUUUUGAAGGUGCACGGGCAGACUAUGAGGUCGCACGGCCGUGCGGUCUGACCGUGCAAUCGCGGACAGCUGCUUCUUAACCCAAUUUCGGGUCAUUGAAGAGGGAGACGAAUUUUCAGAGCAAAAACAGAGUCCUAGAGAGAGAAAGUGCGAAGAACAAACCCUAGAAUUGAUUUUGGAGCUUGGUGUCAUCAAUCAAGCUUGGAUUUCAUCCUUGUAGUGAAGAUUAUCAUCCCAGAGCAGAUUCUUCCCAUCAUUAUGAGUAUGAUUGCUUUGAAUUCUGCUUCCCUCUCUCUCUCUCUCUCUCUCUCUCUCUCUCUAUGGAGUAGACCCUUUUCUCACUUGGGUAUGAAGAACCUUAGUUCCAUGUGUUAGGGAUAAUGUUUGUAAUGACUUUUUCUUUGAGAUACUGCUUGAUUAUAAUUGAUUGAAGUGUGUUUAUUGAGUCAAUUGAAGCCUGAUCUACUUUUCUUGAUUUCUGCUGCAACCUGAGAUAGAUAGAAUCUGAUCAGGUUGUUAGAGCUUCUUCAAUCGGUAGUAGUGAAUUGAUUAUACGAGAGUUAAUCGAUUCACUGUUUUGUACUAGAAUCCAAAUCCAGUAGUGGAGUUCUGUGUUCAUUUCCUUAGCUUUCUAUCCCGGUGAAGACUAGUCGUCUGCCGAUUAGUCUGUCUAAGAGUGCUUGGUCAGCUUAAGAGAUUCCAAGGAAAUUACAACUUGGACCUAACUAAGGAGCUAGGGGGACUCAUUCCCGAGUGACUCUCCCCUUGCUUUUGAAAAUCGAACAACUUCCUGCUUUCUUACUGCUUUUGUUUACAAUCACUCUCACUAAACUUAGUCCCGCUAGAUAAUAGAUAAUCAUGGAGUUGGCAGUAGAUCUAGACCCCGGGUUGAUAAAUUAAACUUACCACUAUUCU